UCUCCGGUGAAAAUUGCGCGUUUGUGAGUUCCACGAUUGUGUGUUCAGAAAGAAAAUUAGGUAUUUUUCAUGAAAUAAUUGGAAUUAAAACCAUAAUUUGACUCGGAAAAUUAUAGCUAGUGCUCGUUUACACUUUUAUUUAGAUAUUUGUAAGAUAAGUGAGCCGGUACAAGUAAAAUAUUCGCAUAUUUUGUGGUGCCCUGAAAGUGUUUUUUUCUCUUCUUUCAAUUUUAUUCUUCGCUAUAGUCCGAAAUUUUCUUACUUUAUCUUGCUUCGAGCUUUCGCAUUUUUUUGUUUAUUGCAUUUAUAUCCAGUGCUUUUCGGCCUAUCGGUCAAGAUGGCAUAAAAAUGAAUACAAACAUUUGAAGAAGACUUGAUAUAAAAUUGCACCAAUGUCGAGUUCGGUAUUUAUUGAAAGUUGUGCCAAGCCCUUAACGAGCGGCGUAGGAUCUGAAAAUGAUGUUGCUGUUUCAGGUUCACCUAACUCGAACUUGGUUGUGGUGUAUGGAAAAAAAGGUGUCAACUUUGAUCAGCGAGGAAUAGAGAAUCUUAUUGAGGAAAAAACACUCUCUUCAAUCAGUGUUAUACGGUUGACUUCACCAACACCUAGUAUGAUAGAUGAAGAAGAAGAAGCAGAGAGGACGGAAGAACUCUUGCGUAGACAAGCUGAAGGUUUGUCUGACGACGAAUCAAAUAGAAGUAGCAAUAGGAACAGCUCUAGCACAGAUGAGUGUGCGGAGAAUACUGGAAGUGAAGAAGUUCAUACAGCGGAUGAUGAAAAGAGUGAUUGUGACGGUGAAAACUCUACUGAUAAUGGGAAAUCAGAAUGCCGUAAGAAGACGCGAAGGAAUAGGCGUAAAAUGCGCACAGUAACCAAAAUCCACAACAUUCAAAAUAAACUACGCAAGGAACGUCCAGAUAUUGUUGGUCUAACUGUAGAAGAGUUUUAUCCGCCAGUAUCUGCAAAGGAAAUGGUUAAAGAAGCUUUAAAGCUUGCAGGAGUACCUACAUUUAAGCGCACUGCUGAUUAUGAAUUUCAACUAUAUGUUAUUAAAAACGAUCAUUGUUACACUCCCUUUACGUCGCCAGCCCAAAUGAAGGCUAAGCUUGCAGAGAAAUAUAAGGCAGAAAAACACGCAGUAAUCGGGCGAAAAAUAAUUCCACACACAGCGAUAACUAUGAAGCAAUUACAACUGAAGAAGAAAGUUGUACCUGUUGCCAAUGACUUCGCUGAACAGUCCACACUGCAUUCUGUGAAAGACCAAAAUAUAAAAGUCUUGAAUAAAAUACCUUCAUUGCCCCACAAACAAGGCGAUACAGAUGGACUUGUAGAAGGUGACACUGAAGCACAUAGCUCAACAGCAGAAUCUGACAUUGACAUACUCAGUGAAGAAUCUGGGGAUACCGAUAAUGAUCGCGAUAGUGACUUAGACUUCAACGUUAACAAUAGGAAAGGUCGCAAGAAAAAAGAUCUUGUAUCUAAAGCAAAACGAUUGUCUGCUGGAAAAGUAUGUGUUAAGCGUCUCUCACAACCACAAGACGACGAUGAUCAACGUAAUAAAAACAUACGACCAGUUACUGGCAAUAUUUCCAUCCGUUCAUGCAAAAUAGGGACACCUUUAAAAACAGCUGGUUGCGCCCCUAUUGCAGUACAAAAAUUGCUUUCAGACGCUGUUGCUGCUCUACCUCCCAUUCCGAAACGACCCGUAACAGCACAAAUAGAAGAUAAUGCUUUAAAUCCUGUGCCACGACCACAAGCAAUGCCAAAUGUCAUUCGUAGAGGGCCUAUCAUAGAAGUCGGUGUGCAAAAGGUACCAAACGUUCGCAAACAGUUGCUAACAUCACCACAAUCUGUAAAAGAAAUUGUUAUAAAUAAGGUUAUGGCUAGCCCAAAAAGAGGAUUCACAGAAAUAGGUGAAUUGCUUGCCCAAACGGAUAAGCAAAUACCAACCAGAACUGCUCCCAGUACUCCGACGAGUAGCACCAAGAAUACACAGUUGAUGGUUGUCCCAUCGCCUUCAAAAGGAUUUAUGCCAUUAGGAGUUGAAACUGCUGCAAAGAACAAGCUGCCUGCUCAAAUUUCAAUUCAAACCCACCAAAGCUCGUCCGAAUUAGCAGCAAAAAGUAACAUCUCCAUGGAAGCACAAUCAAGUGGUCAUCCCGAUACUCUCCCAUCAAAUAUAUCUGCAAUACAGUGCGUGCAAAAGGAACAAAGUUCUUCAGAGUUAGCUGCAGAGCAAUUUGAUCUCAUCGUUUCUAUUGUAAAAGGCGAAAUGCAAAAAACUGCCGCUGUGGAGGCCUCAAAGUCAAAUGAAAACAUACCAAAAUUGGUUAAAAUGUUAGAGAAUGCCGAACAUACGCUGGAAUCAAAUGGCCCACAAACUAAAAUGGACAACAAUCUCACCAAUUUUGGCUCGUCUGCAGAAACCAAUGUAGAUGAUAUUGACAUCUCUAACGCGCCUCUAUUAGAAACACCCGAUGAUUUCCCUGACGAUUUACUGCAGCAUGUUGUGGAUCUUAUUGAAGAUGAUGAAACGCUACAAGAGGCUGUUGAAAAGCAAGUGUUCGGUGGAGAUCAUAACGAAGGAAUUCCGUGUGCUGGUUCCGUGUCUGCUACGUCGACCAGAUCUGUUGCGUCUUCUACAGUUCAAUCACACACAUCUGAAUCUUUUGGUCCUCUGGAAACGAAUCAACCUAAGAGCAUUAUUGAAAUGGCUAUAUCUAACAUACCAUCGGUUUCGUCGGCACCCAGCAGUACAGUCAGUCACGCUGUUCGUGUGACUAAUAUUCAAACUUUGAAGACAGCACCGCCACCGGCGGUUCGUAAAGAGCCUAUUCAAAUUGUGCGGGGAAAUGGCCGAGUUAUCACGUUGCCUCCAAUUGAAGCACCAACUACUCGUGCAAAGCGCAGGGCUCAAAAUCAGCCCGUGACAGCAAUUCAUGGUGUGUGUGCAAACUCAAGUACGAUUUUGAAUGAGUCGUCCAUGGAUGGUUCCCUGCAAUCUAAUUCUUCAAUUACCAUUUUUGAGCACAUACCUCCAGCGACUAUUGAGAAGAAACCCGAAACGACAAAUAAACGACGGGUUUCAAAAGAGUCUGGAACUGCUGGCACAGUUUCCAGCAAGACUAAAAAAUCCACAGCUUCUGCAAAGAAAAGUGCAGCGGCCAAAACUAUUGCGGGUAAAUCUGGAGCGGAAGAAGAAGCUUCUGGUUCUCAAGAAGAUGACGAUGAUCCAAAUAGGCUUUGGUGCAUAUGCCGACAGCCGCAUAACAACAGAUUUAUGAUUUGCUGCGAUGUUUGUGAAGAUUGGUUCCAUGGUACUUGUGUGAGCAUCACAAAAGCGAUGGGAAUAGAUAUGGAGCAGAGAGGCGUUGAUUGGACCUGCCCUAAAUGUGUAAAACUACAAGAGGAAAAGAAGCAAAGAAAAAUCACUGACAUGCUCUUUCCAAAGGUUUCAUCUACUGAAAAGCACGAACAAUUGGAAGUUGAUGCCAGAAAUGAAGAAACGACAAACUCAUCUUUAGAUACCAGCUGCGCAAACAUCACUGCUUCAUCUAUUGAAAAGUCAAAUUGGAUGGAAACUAAACAAACGAUUGAGACACCAAAAACUCAGUCAGAACAAGUCCCCCCUAUUAAACUAUCAUUAAAGAAGGGCGUGGCAGCAGCAAAAGCAGCAACGAGUUCCCUGAAGAAGAAACAGGCUUCGAAUGCAAAGCGCAAAGGAUUAAAUACGCCAAUUUCACAAACUAAGAAACAAAUUCCCUUUUCACAGCAGGAACCGAAGCAUGAUUCCACAAAAUCACCUUUAGCAAUUCAACCUGUGAGCAGUCUACAGCAAACGCAGAGAGAUUUUCAAAAGUCGGCAACAACCGAAUCAAUGUCAACUGACCCGCAUACUUUCUGCAUUGUGUGCAAGAAAAUGGCGCGACAAAAUUCAAUAUAUUGCAGUGAUGACUGUAUUCGAAAGCAUGCACAGAAUGCUCUCAAUGUAUUUGCAGCAGCUUCUGCAGCAGCCAAGUUUCCAGAGCCAACAGUUGCUUCUAGCAGCAAUGAGGAAGCUGCCUUAAAGAAAAAGAAAGCAAAAGGUCUAUUUGAGGAUAUCCUUUCUAUGGCAGACCGAAAGCCGAAAGUUGAACGGGUGCAUGUGAUUGACCGAAAAAGUGGACGUGUACUAACUGGGAGCAAUGCACCUACAACUCUCAAUCUUAAGAAAUGGCUUCAAGAAAACCAAACAUUUGAGGUAGUGCAACCAGGAAGUUCCCAAGCUCAAGAAAUUGAAAAGAAACAAAAGCAGCGGCUUCCCCCACUAUUAUCUCCUGUAAUAAAUUCUACUGUGGGCAAACAUAUCCCACAAUCACCACAAAGUGCACAGAUUGCGCAAAUAACUCCUCAUGUUACACCUAUUGCCAAAACAGCCCAGUCGCAAAAGGAAUGUGAGAUCACCGCACAAAUGCAAAAGCCGGCAAAACUCUUCAUUGAACAAAUAGUGAAAACAGCUCCAAAUAGUCCUCGACCUGGUACACCCAAGCAACUACAAAAGUAUCCACAACAAGUUUCUAUUAAACCAGAUAAGGUCCCACGUAGCGAUUCAAAAGAAGAUACAAAGGAAAGAAAGGAAAAAUCAUCAAAACAGCGACCAUCAGUUGAAACCGUCGUCAAAAAGCAUUCUGAUACUGUGGCAUCUGUAAGCACUAAUUCGGAACCUAUUCGCUUGAAUGUUCGCCGAACUCUAAAAGAACAAUUGUUGCAACGAAUGAAUGAAUCUGAAAGUGAAAAUGACAGCAAUUUGCCAAAACUAAGUAUAGAGGAGAUAGAGAAAUUUGUUUUUGAAACAGAAGCUGAAAUGUACGAAUACUUCAGUCGAGACACCGGAUCUCGAUACAGGGCUAAAUAUCGUUCGCUAAUGUUCAACAUUAAGGAUAGAAAGAAUCACACCCUUUUUGCGAAGAUCUGUACAAAAAUAAUACAGCCCAAGCAAUUAGUACGAAUGUCACCGGAGGAGUUGGCGAGCCAAGAAUUGGCAAAAUGGCGCGAAAACGAAGCCAAACAUCAAUUAGAAAUGAUAAAGAAAUCAGAACUUGACUUGCUUUCUUGCGCUAAAAAUUACGUUUUAAAAACACACAAAGGAGAGGAAGUCAUAGAGGGCAAACUAGAGGAUUGUGUUAAUUUGGAUGUAACCAUUCCCGUUGAAGAUGUGGUGUCUGUGCUAAAUAGCUCCGUUGUGAGUAGUAGCAGUUCUGUAGGUGAAAGAGCCAAAGCUGAUAUGGGAGCAAUCUCUUUGUCCUUUGACCACUCACAAAGUGAUGCAAGUCGUUUGGAUGAGGAAAAACAAAAGAAUCACUCGAAGGAGAAGGAUAGGGAACGUGACCGGGAUCGGGACUGUGAGAGGGAACGUAACCGUGAACACGGUCGAGAUCGUGAACACUAUCAUGCGCGUGCACGUUCUCACGAUAGCGAUCACAGUCGCGAAAAGCAGCGAAAAAGCAAAGACCGCCAUAGAGAUAAAACAAGAUCAAGGAAACGUAGUAGAAGCCACACUCGAAGUCGCAGUCGGAGCCGAGAGAAACGGCACAAAAGUUGCCACAAGGAGGAAAAACGAGAGAGAGAGGACCGGGAGCGCGAGAAAGAUAAGUUUAAAGAGAAAGAACGUGAACGCGAUCGUGAUCGUGAUACUCGACAACAAAAAGAUGAAUUUGAUAGUAAAUUGAUUGAUAAAACUGCAACUUCAAAUAUACCAUUGGUUGGAAACUCCAAUAAGAAUAACGUAAUUAGCAGCGGUAAAGACAAAAGUAGCAUAAAACCCGCAACUACUUUAAAACCAAUUGAAGCUUACAGUUUAGUAGAUCAAAUACUAGAAUCUACCAAAACGGUAGAGGAGGCGGCAAAUUUAAUAAGUGAAAAAGAAAAAUUAAAGGAGAAAGAAAGAGAAAAGCUAAAGAAGGAUUCUAGCAGACAAGCCACCACACCUCCUCUCCCUACAUCGUCAGUAAUUCAAUUUGUGUCUGAACACAAUCACUCAUUUUCCAGUGGAAGCACAACUGAUGAUCAAGAGCCAACCAGUACCGUAUCCAUAGCUACACCACCACAAGAUCCAUACAUACGUUAUGCCGAUGCUGACUCUCCAACAAUGAGUGGAAAUGUAUCUACUUCUGGCAUUUGGAGUGGCAACAUUAAUAUGGUAGACGUUGCAACGUUCCAGAUUGUUCUACAAGCAGUUGUAGGGAAUUCGCAAAAUCUUGGAGCCUUAUUACCCGAAGAAUUAGAUGUGGUUGGUCGCAUUGGGCCUGACACUGUUUGGGAAUAUAUAUCGAAAAUCAAGAGAAGUCCUAACAAGGAGAUCGUCAUUAUACGUCUUAUUCCUGCUACGGAGUCAGAAACUGCAGCUUACAAAGUUUUAUUUCAAUAUCUUGAAAAUAGAAAUCGUUUGGGUGUUAUAAACACUGUAUCGCCACAGAUUAAGGAUUUCUACAUAUAUCCAUUGGGAGCGGGAAAGACAAUGCCUUCAGUGUUGUUACCAGCUGAAAAAAUAGAAUUCUAUGAAGAUCCUUACAGGCCGGAUAUAUUGGUCGGUGUUUUAGUGAGAAUCAUUGGAAAACGUCACUCGGCUGUGCAAAUUAUUUCGACAUCCUCAUCAAACUCAAAAUCCUAUCGCCGUGGAACUGACACCGACAGUUUUACGCCGCCUGGAAGUCCGAAAAGAAAGCGGCGUAUGCAUGCAUCCACACCAAAAGUUGAUGAAAUUGACGUAGAUGCUAUAAUAAAAGCACCAAUCACUACAAAGUCACACAAAGCAUCUACAAUACCAUCAACAGCUGCAACAGAUGAUGCUGAUGAGCCAUAUUCACCUGGAGGAAGUUCUGAAGAUGAUACUCCCAUAACGUCGAAAAUGGCUGCAAGAUCCGAUGACGAUGAUCUAAAACGCAAAAUGGAAGAACUAAAUCGACAAAUUGCUGCACAAGAAAAGGAGAUAGCUGGAUUGCUGAAUGUGGAAUCAACGUGUUUUGCAACUACAUCAUCAUCUAAGACUUCCGCAGUUUUGGCAAAUAUAUCGAUACCUUCAAAUCUUUCGCAAAUACUUGCUAGCAUAAAGGGCAAGCCGGAAGCUGGGCAAAUGCAAUUCUCUACAACUUCAAUCAAGUCUCAAUCAUCCGUUACUCACGCUACAACAAAAACUCGUAGUAAUUCGGUUGAGGAUGAGGAAUACAACCCUGAGUUGGUUUCUUUUGAAAAAAGCACAAAACCGACGGCUAAAUCAACCAGUCGUUUAGCUCAGUUAAGCGAAGCAGAACUGCUAAGCAUGGUUCCUGACGAUAUGAUAGAUACUCCGCCGGCUCAAAAAUCUCUGCCAUCUUGCACAGAAAUAAAAACGCAUUUUGAGGAGCCACCACCACCUGGCGUUUGAAUUAUGAAACACACAUAAUUGCACUUGCCCUCAUGAAUGAUGAAAGCAGCUCAUGCGUGUUUAAUGAUCACCUUUUUAUUUUAUGUACAUUUAUUCGAAUUAUCAAAUUAGUCAUUAGGAUAAUUGCGUUAAAUUAUGCAUUACUCAUACUUGUAUGUAUAUGAAAAUCACCAGCUAUUCAUUUGUGGACUUAAGAAUUUACACCAUUCUCAAUUGCUAAUCAUUUAAUUACACAGGGUUGUCGUAAAUUGUUAUUUCACCAAGCAAAAGUAAUUAACAUGCGAUGACAAAAAUAAAGGAGGACGGAUAGGACCUGAGGUCCUAAGAUUCCAUGCAAAUAGAUGCAUCUUUGUUAUCACCUUCUGGUUUAGAGCUUUCGUUAAGGUUGCUUUCAAAGGAACUGGGUACUAUUUAGUACCAAUAGUGCAAAGUUCGGGCACUUCACAGAUAAACGUGUGUAGAUUAUAUGAAAUUUUAUAUUAUAUAUGUUCUUACUUAUGCUCUAAUAAUAAUUCAUUUGUAGUUGUAUAAUAGAAACACUGCUUGUAAAAUAUAAAUAAAGUAAAUGCAAAA